UGAGAGAAACGUAAUGUAAGUUGUGCGCUCGUAUUAUUAAGUGACAUGAUUUCAAGUUUUUACGAAAAAAUUCUUGGUACGUCUUCUAUAGCGGAGUCGAACCAACAAAAAAUUCUUUGCGUUGGAUUAACUUGUUUAGAUAUUGUACAGACAUGCAAGCAAUACCCUGCGGAAGAUUCUGAUCAGAGAUCUGUAGAAUACAGAUGGCAAAGAGGAGGCAAUGCAUCUAACACUUGCACAGUUCUUUCCCAAUUAGGAAGUUCAUGUGAAUUUUUUGGAACUUUAAGUGCAGAAGAACAUUUAAAUUUCUUGCGAAAUGAUAUGCAAAAGAACAAUAUUGAUUUUUCCCAUUGUCCUAUGGUAGAAAACAUUGGGUGUCCAACUUCUACUGUUAUCUUAAGUCUAAGUUCUGGUUCUCGUACCAUUUUACAUCAUAACCCAAAUCUACCAGAAUUAACAUUGAAGAAUUUUGAACAGUUACAUCUAGGAAAUUAUAGCUGGAUUCAUUUUGAAGGCAGAAAUUUGUCUGAAGUAUUAUCUAUGAUGCAAUGCGUAGAAAAUUUUAACAGUAUGUUACAUCAUAAUCAAGAUACUGAUAGCAAAGAAAUGGACAUAAGUGAAGUGCCAAUUACUAUUAGUGUAGAAUUAGAACGACCAAAACAGGAAUUGUUGGAUUUACUACCCUAUGUAGAUGUAGCAUUUAUAUCUAAGGAUUUUGCUCAAAGUAGAGGAUAUGAUAAUAUGAGUGAAACAUUAAAAAAUAUUAGCGAAGAUGCCAAAUCUGGGGCAACCCUUAUAUGUGCUUGGGCUGACAGAGGUGCUAUGGCACGAACUCCAGAUAAUAUUACAGUACAAUCUCCUGCAUUUCCGCCACAAAAGGUUGUGGAUACGUUAGGAGCUGGGGAUACUUUCAAUGCUGCAGUAUUGCAUUUUUUAAAUGAAGCAAAAUUGGAAUUUGUUAAGUCAAGGAAGUUAGGAAAUAAUGAAAUGAAUAGUACCUUACAGAAAAAUGUAGAAUUUAAACAUAAUAUUAAAAAGAAUUAUAAUAUUGAAAGCUUAGAAUGUAGUCAUGCAGAAUUUAUUACUCAAACUGUGCUGCAGGAAGCUAUGACUUUUGGCUGCCAAGUAGCUGGUGCUAAAGUUGGUUUAACAGGGUAUAAUAAGUUGGGUGAAAUUUUUAAGAAUGCACUAAAAAGUUAA